UGCUGGGAGCUGAGUUGCAGCGCAAGGGAGAGAGACGAGUGGGGAUGUGGAAGGGUUAUGGUUAAGACUUCAACUUUUGUCGCUCCUGUAUCAUAUUGUACACACUCACUUUCUUCUCUGAUUAUUGGUAUUAGAUCCAUGACUGUAGCAAGUGCAGACUGACGCCUGGAUGGGAGACUCCAAGUCAGCUUCCAAAACCACCUGGAAUGGUGGUGAAGGCAAAUGAGUUUCUUUGCACUGAAAUUGUUCUUCAAAAUCUGAAGUGGACAUUGCCCACCCGAGCCGGUCACCAUGAACGCCUCUGUGCUUCCACCUUCCAAUGACACGCCUCUCUGCUACUCCAUCAACAGUCCUCCAUUCAAGGACGUCCCUAACAUCGCCUCAGCCUACUUCUCCUCAAUCUUCAGCGCUUUGGGUCUCACCUCCAACCUCAUCGCCUUCGUGGUUCUCCUCAAGUCGUUCCGGCGGACCCACAGCAGCUCUCGUUCCUCGUUCCUCAUCUUUCUGGGAGGCCUGGUGGUCACGGACUUCAUGGGCCUGCUGGUCACAGGAACCAUCGUAGUGGGCUUCCACAUCACGCACUUCAACUGGCGCAGUUUAGACCCCCACUGCCACUUUUGCAACUUUAUGGGCAUGUCCAUGGUCUUUUACGGACUCUGUCCGCUGCUGCUUGGCGCCGCUAUGGCCGUGGAGCGUUUCAUUGGCAUCAAUCGUCCAUUUGCACGAAGCACCAGCACGCCCAAGAGGCGGACGGUCUCCAUGUUGUUGUUGGUGUGGUUCACCGCCGGCUGCAUGGCGUCGUUGCCCCUGACCGGAAUCGGGAGCUACCACAUGCAGAUGCCCGGCUCCUGGUGUUUCUUCAACAUCAGCUCAGCAGGCACUGACCUGGUCUUCUCCUUGCUCUUUUCCCUGUCCGGGCUGACGUGCAUUGCUGUGUCCUUUGUCUUGAACACGGUCAGCGUCGUUACACUGAUCAAGGUGUGCUGUGGACAGGACAAGAUGCAACGGCGUCGAGAUCAGGAAGUGGAAAUGAUGGUGCAGCUCAUCCUGAUCAUGGUCAUCGCUUCCAUCUGCUGGUGUCCUCUGCUGGUCUUUAUUGCACAAACUGUGCUGAGUGGACGUCCUCUAGAGAUCAUCUACCUUCUGGUGUGGCUACGUUUCGCCUCCUGGAACCAGAUCCUGGACCCCUGGGUAUAUAUCCUGUUUCGUCGGUCGGUGGUACAGAGAAUCUACCCCCGAAUGGACUGGUCCCGGUGGUCCAUGGUCACCUUAAACCCAUCUCUCAGGGACACCAUUAAAAGGUUCAGGCGCUCUUCUUCCCUCGGAAGGCCUCUUAGUGCAGAGGAAACGGAACAGACCGAAAAAAUAAACAACACGGACCAUGCACCAUGAAGCCGCUUCUUCCUCGAAGAUGCUUUAGCUUGAUAGCUGAUUGAGGACCUGUUUUUGGAAAGGCUGGGUUAUAUUUAGGAUGUAAUGUUUUGCAUUAUUAACAUCCCAGGAUCCAAGCAUGCAGUGAUGUGAAAGAAUGCAAAUGCACUAAUCACUUAUAUACGCUAAAAAACAAACAGGCAACUGACUCUGUCCGACCGCCAAAUUUGUCUGCUAGCCAUUUUGGGACGAACAAAAUCACUAAACUAAAGGAAAUUGUAUGUCGAUUUCUUUUUUCAAAUGUGUUGCUAAGCAGAAAGCGCCAUGCACUUUACAUGCAUGCUGCUCCAUUGGAAACUCGGACCAGAGGGCUUUGCUGCGCCACCAAAAGGACAAGGAGAGUUGGCAGUAGGGGUGUCCUGAUUCGACAUUGAUAUAGAUCCGAUAUCAGCAGAAAAACGAGUAAAGUGGAACAUCGAUUUAAGAACUUAUUUGGUUCUUGAGCAGGGUUUGUAAAUAGAAAAGUUCAUAUAUUGAAGCAAAUGUAUCCAUAAGAAACAAUGUAAACAUGAAUAAUGGGUUCCAGCCUCAAGAAAAAAAAGCCAUAUUUUAGUUAAGGUUUGUACACUAUACAGCACUGUACAUCAAACAAUCAUAACAAGACAGUGAUGAUGGUUGAACUUACUAUUUGAUAAAACAACUAAAACAACGAGCUGAAUUGUCCUCCUACACAGCCGCCAAACAGACAUGCACACCCACCGCCGCUAGCCCUGUGGUGCACUCACAGUUUGAAAGCCUAAACUCCUUAACUGUAACAUCCAGGUCGCUACAAUGAUUAUGAAUAAAAAAAUUAAUUCACCUUACCUUGCUGGGUAAUUUUCUUGGCGCUUAGUGGAAUAAAGGGUUAGGGAUGAGGCAGUGUCGACAACGCUGUUGAUACUACUUGUAUGUUUCAAACCACCAUUGCUUUCUUUGGACUCAUAUCGUGUUAGCAAAAGUAGAAACACAAUGUAAAAAGGCUAAAAACACUUAAAAGUACACAAAGUAGUGACUUGCAAAGUAGCUAAUGACAACGUUGCUAUGCUGACUAAGCAAGCAGGAGAAUGAUAUGCCCGCCCACAAUGGUUCUGCUGCUGGGCACACAAUAGUUGGAUGAAACAUGGGUACACUGAAACAAGGUUUGAACAACAAAUACAUUUUGUCCGUCUGUGGUUCAUAAAUGAAAAAGUUUGUAUACAGAGGGGUUUCGUAAAUCGAGGGUCCACUGUGUUGGAUUAAUACAGCUCGCAUCUAAGACACAGGUGUCAAACUCAAGGCCCGGGGGCCGGAUCUGGCCCGCCACAUUAUUUCAUGUGGCCCACAAAAGCCUAGAAAUAAUAUGCAUUAAUAAAAGGCUUAAUCUGUUCUUCCUAAAUAUAUUUGUUCUUUCCCUUUUGACAUUA